UUUGUCCGAGUUGCGGAUUUCAUCAGUGCAUGUUGGAUGUCACUCGCAGAAUUCUGGAUUGGGUCGGUCAUCGGAGUGAAAGUCCUAUUUUCAAUUUGUUCGAUGAUGGUGCCUCUCAGAACUUCGGUAGUAACGGUCGCCGCUGUUUGGAGUGUGGUUUUGGCAGGAACCUUUGCUGGGAUGUCACCACCGGUGCUUGAAGCAGCCGACUUUAUGCAGGAAAUCAAAUCAGAGUGUAAGAAUGCCACGGGAAGUGACAAGGCCUACCAGGAUCUACUGGACGUCUUGAACCAAGACACGCCCCGAUGUUUCACUAGUCACGUGAACAUCAGCUUGCUACAGUCUCCGGCUGACGAGUUGAGCAAACAGGAGCAGUCCAAGAUGCUGCAACAAAUCUGUGGACAAAUCGAAAAGGCUUUGGUAUGCGUGGACCCUUUGGUGGCAAAAGUUAAACCUUGCAUAACCGAUCCGGAUGAUUUGGCGAUUCUACAGAAGAUCGUUGACAGUGUACCGGAAGCUUUGAAGAUGGUUUGCAAUGACAGUGGCAUGAUGCUAAUGAAUUUACGGGAACCACUUUCCAGAUCAUGUGCCGUCGAAUUGGCGCCAGCCAUCGAUGAUUGCAUGGAUGAAAUAUCGAACAAAACUAUGGAAAUGGAUCUGAAACAUUACACAGUUACUGAGUGCAAUGAAAUUUACAAAAUGCGAGACUGUAUCAACAAGCGCAUUCGGAACUGUGGAGCUUUGACCUACUUGGAACUGUUCAGCUUGUUCUACCGGAACCUGUUGAGUCUAACGCCGUGUAAAUGAUGCAAUCAAUUUGUUGUUAGUAUAGCAGUUGAAUAAAAUGCUUGGCCCAGA